AUGACAAAUAUCACUCUUCCAAAAAAUUUGAAAUAUAUUGGAAAAUAUGCAUUUGCUGAGUGUCAAUCUACAGAUAUCACAAUUUCAGGAAUUGAUCUAUAUAUUGGUAGUUAUUCAUUUUAUGCAUGCAAAUUAUUAAUUAAUCUCACUCUUCUCGGAAAUGUUUCAUAUUUUGGAGAUCAUGCAUUUUCUGAAUUGAUCAACCUAACUACUGUCACAAUUUCAGGCAGCUUAACAUAUAUUGGAGAUAAAUUAUUUAAAGAUCUCAUAUCAUUAACAAAUGUCAUGAUAUCAAAUAAUGUCACAUAUAUUGGAAAAUAUGCAUUUUACAAUUGCUCUUCAUUAACAAAUAUCACAAUUCCAAAUAGUGUCACAUAUAUCGGAAAUUCUACAUUUAGUAGUUGCUCUUCAUUAAGAAGUAUCACAAUUCCAAAUAGUAUCACAUAUAUUGGAGAUUGGACAUUUAGUAGUUGCACUUCAUUAACAAAUAUCACAAUUCCAAAUAGUGUCACAUAUAUUGGAGAUUGGACAUUUAGUGAUUGCACAUCAUUAACAAGUAUCACAAUUCCAAAUAGUGUCACAAAUAUUGGACAUACUACAUUUUAUCAUUGCACAUCAUUAACAACUAUCGCGAUUUCUGGGAAUGUACAAACUAUUGGAGAUAGUAUAUUUUAUAAAUGUGAAAACAUCACAAAUAUUAUAUUCCUAAACAGUCCAAAUAGAUUCAGUUAUGACACUUAUUUUACUCGUAUUUCUACUAAACCUCCAUAUAUUUUCAUUCCAAGAAUGUUUAAUUCAAGUGGUUAUUCUGGAUAUGUUAAAUACAAAAGUCAUUUAUAUGUCACAAGCCGAACAAUUUUAACAAAUUCAUCUAAAAAUUUCUUUGGCUAUAAGAAUGUUUAUGUUCAUUUUGAGAACAAAAAAGGAAUUUAUGAUAACACAACAAUUGAAGUCCUUGAAUACAUCUCUAUUGAAAACAUCACCAUUCCUCUCUUGAUGCCUGAAACAGCGAAUGACUUUAUAUAUUAUAGAUCUCAUCCUAACCGCCUGUCAUUUGCCAUUAUUAGUCUUAACUCACAAUCAGUUUCAUGA